AUGUUUACAAUGCCCCGUCUUCCUGUCUUGUUUCCCCCAACACAUCCACAUAUGCGCAAAGGAGUCUUAGUUGUUGGAGCAGGAGUCGUUGGACUCACAACUGCCCUAGAACUCUCAAACCAAUAUGGCGAUUCUCUCAGCAUUACUCUCAUUGCCAAGGAUCUACCUGGCGAUGUGUCACCGUUGUACACGUCGCCAAAGGCGGGAGCACAUUGGACGUCGUCCAAUAGCAAAGAAAACAAGCAAUGGCAGCUGGUCACCUACAAGAGACUCAAACAGCUCUCUGAGAUUCCGGAAUCAUUUGUUGUACCUUAUCCUUUAUACCAGGGUGACAUAGUCCCAGAAGGUUGUGAGGCGCCUCCAUUUGAAGAGCCAUGGUAUAAGGAUCUGGUGGAAGACUAUGAGUUUCUUGGAAGUGACCCAAAGAAGUUCCCCCAAGUUGCCAACUUGCAUGUCUUUAAAUCGUAUUCCAUUUCAACAACACUCUAUCUUGUGUACCUGCUUUCCCAAUGCAAGAAAAAUGGAAUCACCAUCAAGAGACAUACUAUUGCGUCGUUACAAGAGGCAGAGAACUUUGUCCUUGCAAACGGGAAGAAACCAGAUGUAGUGGUAAACUGUACUGGAUUACAAUAUAACCAGCUCAACGGUUGUUACGAUCCUAAAUUGGUCCCUGUUAAAGGUUAUGUUCUACUUAUUGAAAACACCUUACCAUAUCAAACUACAUUCAAACAUCCGAAAUUGACACCUGAUGCCAAAGAUGGCGAGUUCCUUAUGUUAUUCCCACGUGCAGAGGGGGGGUCGGUUCUUGGUGGUAUCUAUGAUCGAAACUUCACCAGAUUUGAUACUUCUAUUGACGCUGAUUAUGCUGGAAGGUUGGUUACUAAGGCAACAACAUAUAUGCCAGAGCUUGGCAGAACAAGGGAUAUUAAGGUCUCAACUCACACUAUUGGGUUUAGGCCUGAGCGCCAAGGGGGAGCCAGGAUUGGUGUUGAUAUAAACAACCGGAAAAUUGUUCAUAAUUAUGGCAAUGGUAACUCCGGAUAUAUUGAGAGUUGGGGGGCUGCACAAAGUACUGUUGACAGUGUCGCCCAGGUUCUUUUUGAUAACCCUAAAUUAUAA